CGAACCUGCUGCACCCUGACAGAUUGCCGUGACAUUUUUUAUGGCGUAUUAUUUGUUUUAUUGACGCAUUUUGUGAGUGAAGUAGCCGAGAGCAUACAGAUCAUCAGAUUGACUCUGAGCUAGCUGCUCUCUUUGUGUUUGUACUCCGAUGUCUUGGGUGCUUGCAAGCGACAACGACAUUAUUUCCAGCUGAACUCCCAUUUGUCCACACUGGCCAGUAUCCACAAGAUCUACCACACCCUGCACAGGCUGAACCUGACAGAAGACGUCGGCCCAGAGACCACAGCCUGCUGCUCCAGAGCCAUGCCCCCCAGGAAAAAGAGAAGACCCACUGCUGUAGAUGACCUGUCUGCCAAAAAAAGCAGACAGGACAAUGUUUACAGAAAACAGGAGACAUUACAAAUCCAGGAGGCUGAGGCUUUCUCUAGCAAGAGAUGUCUGGAGUGGUUCUAUGAAUAUGCAGGAUGUGAUGAUGUGGUUGGACCCGAGGGAAUGGAGAAAUUCUGUGAGGACAUUGGAGUGGAACCAGAGAAUGUGGUGAUGCUGGUAUUGGCCUGGAAACUUGAUGCACAGAGUAUGGGUUACUUCACAUUACAGGAGUGGCUCAAGGGAAUGGGCUCAUUGCAGUGUGACUCUACUGAAAAACUCAGGAACUCUCUAGACUACCUGAGGUCUGUCCUUAUUGACGCCACCAGUUUCAAACUCAUUUACCGAUAUGCCUUCGACUUCGCCAGGGAGAAGGAUCAGAGGAGUCUAGACUUGAAUACUGCCAAAUGCAUGCUGGGACUUCUGCUUGGGAAGACUUGGCCACUGUUUCCAGUGUUUAACCAGUUUCUAGAACAAUCUAAGUAUAAGGUUAUAAAUAAAGAUCAAUGGUGCAAUGUUCUAGAAUUCAGUAGGACUAUCAACCUUGACCUCAGUAACUAUGACGAGGAUGGGGCUUGGCCAGUGCUUUUGGAUGAGUUUGUGGAAUGGUAUAAAGACAGAGAAAUGUCGUAGCGACGACUUCUCCACCCAACACCAUCACCAACUAGAAAUCAAUCGCCAACGAAAUCACCAUGACAGAAACAGCUUUGAAACAAACAUCUAGACAACAAAGUACAAAUGAAAACCGAAGUGUUCGGGACACACUGUUGGUGGCCCCUGGCGGUGAGGGCCGAGCGUAUGAGUGUUUGCAUAGAAUGUAAUUAAUAAUGCACAUGUUUGUAUGUUGCCCUUUUAGCCGGGGCUAUAGGAGGGUCACUGGUGGUUGUGUGUUGUAGAAACAACAUCCCACCAACUCCACCUAAUGCCCCUCUAGCCCACAAUGCAUUGUGGCUAAGCACAAGGCCAGCCUUUGGGCUGCCUUCCUACCCCACUGUGAUGUUUCAUAUUGCUGUGAAUGUUUCGAUAGGCUCUUGUGUGGAGGAUGAAUUCUGAUACUCCACAAGGCUGGGUAGAUAAAACUCCCAUGUUGUCUGAGGUCUUAAGAAAGGAAGGAGAGAAUAAGAACAUCUGCUUGGCUGUUCACUGACGUAACCUUUGAUCGUGUCGCUGUGCUGGUAUGGUCCAAAAACUGUUAACUACGGCUUCCAUGUUGGAGGAUGAUGAGAUUCAGCAUGUUACCAUAGUACAACAGUGACCUUUAUCAUCUCUUUUAUUUUAACACCGUCUCACCACAUUUCGUUGGCACUUAUUAAUGCACUACAAGCAAGCAUGUACAUUAAGUGACAUUCUUAAUGCCUAAAAUGGAAAGGGUAUCAGUAACCCAUCACCCGUUACAUGUCUUAAUAUUGAUUACGAGAUUCUUAUUCUUUACUUUUGCCAGACUGUCUACAUGUAUUAGAGGUGAACCAAAAUAUACUGUAGAACUACUGUACAGUACAUGUAUGUUCCAGGCAUGAAAUAUUGCAAAGUAUAUGGCUUGCAAAAUAAAACAAAACCGUGCCAUUGUAUAGAAAGAAAGAAAAAACAUUUGUGUAAACUUCACCUAGUUGUUCUAAUCAGCCUGACCCCUCUGUUCUUUAGCUACAGUCUUUGAUCUGAAGUAGCUUGGGAAGAUGUAUUAAGUUAUUACAUCACUACUGGAAUGUGAUCAGGUUAGUUACAUAAUAAGUGUAUGGGUCUUCCCUUUUAAAAUCUAGCACAUUACAUACAGCAAAAAAGCCAGUGAUCAUUUUUGACACACAACAUGCACAUUGGCAACACAUCUCAGCUGUUACGACCAUCUUGCCAAAGAGUACGAGCAGGUUCUUAAAGGAACAGGUGUUUACAUGCGUUGUAUCACUUGGACUUGAUUUUAGUCUUGUCCAUGAUCAAACCCUUAACGAUGUAACUACACCGUUCAUGCCAAGAUAAAAAUUGAGUAAUUAUAAAGAUUGAGAGAUCUCAGUGACGGAAAGAAGAUAGGAAACAAGAAAGCGGUUAAAGUGCACUUUUGAUUUCUGUAAUAAAUUGCCACAAUAAAUAAAUAGAAAUAGAUAUUCUGCCCUAAGCGCUGAAAGUCAAACUCUUCCACAGGUCUUGUGGACAAACGUGACCACCUUAACCAAUAGUGACCUAUGCCUAGCUAACUAUUUAACGUUCUAGUUACGUUUGUAAAACGUGUUAAGUUUUGUCUAUGGCUGUGGCGUGAAGCUUACUUGUCACCUAAACAAGAAAAAACGCAUGCAUGCAUUCUGCAAUUAGAGCCGUUUUUGUGAAUGAAUGAGAAUUUCCUUUUGUACAAUUUGUUUUAUUUUUUCCACUUGCUUUUGUUUUUUUGUACAGGUCUUUGUAGAGGUGGACGUUUUGUGCUUCAUUUUGGUAUCCGCUGUCAUGCAGUCCUAACGCUUUAUGAGAAACUUGAUUGUGUGAUGGUAUUUAGAGCUUAAACACACCUGUAACCUCAUAUGUUGAGAUGUUCCGCUCUGCAUUGCCUCUUCCAUCAUCUCCACCAAGUGCUAAGCUACCAUCUAACUCCAGCAGCUGAAGGUUAGAAGUUCCUCAACUUAAAUAAUUUUUUAAUACAAAGCGCAUCUGCCCAGCAUCUGAGGAAUUAACACUAUGUAUGCUGUUCAUGCUGGUCUCUAUCCAGUUGGAUGGUGUCUUUGAACACUUACCAUAGUAUCAUUCAUCUGCACCUGUUUGUGCCUGAGGGAGAUUUAUGGAGGAUAUGAACUUAUCAGAGUUGCCCUAUGUGGUUACGACUGUUGUCUUUGUUGGGGGAGUAUGUAAUGCAGAGGGCUGAGCAUUCUCAUCUGACUGUAUAUAUGUAUGAAUGUGUGUAUAUGUGUUUGUUUUCACUGUAACCUCUCUACAUUCAGUAUAUAUAAAGAGGUUUAUUAACGAAA